AUGUCCUACACCCUAAUCGCUGGCGGAUACCGCAGCGCGAUCGCGCGCCUCUCGUUCGACGGGGACCGGCUCACCCUCGUCUCGGACAGCAAGACGCCCCAGGACCCGAGCUGGGUCGAGGGGUUCUCACCCAUCUCCGCGUUCGCGACGUCCGAGGCAGAGGGAUUGGUUAUGAGCCUCGAUGUUGGGGAUGGGGUUACGGUUACGUCUCAGGUCGAGACACAUGGGAAUCCUGCGCAGGUCAUAGUCCUAGCAGACAAGUCUGCCGUCGCAGUAGCAAACUACGUCGGUGGCAGCAUAACCCUGCACCCCAUAAACGUCGACGGCACACUUGGCCCCUCCAAAGCCACCCCCCUUCCCUUCCCAUACGCUGAAAAGGCCCCCAAUCCAGACCGCCAAGAUGCGAGCCAUGGACACGGGAUCGUCGAAGUCGCGGGGGUGCUCCGGGAUGAAUCCGUCAUGUACGUCCUUGGCGAGAUGGGACAUUCUGUCGCGGCAUUCAAUAUCCCCAAGGAAGGAACAAACGAGAAUACCCCGAUCUGGGACAGUGGAUACCUGCCCCCUUCCGUUCCAAAGGAGUAUACCACAUUCAUGGACGGCGCCGAGAUCCAGCUCCAUCCCCAGCACGACGUACUCUACGUCUCGAACCGCCUCGAGUUGCAUGCCGCGGAGAAGAAUAACCUUCCUCCUCGUGCUGCUGAGAGUGGUGACGCCGUGGCUAUUAUGCGCUUAAGCGAGGACGGGCGUAGCGUUCUUGGUACCGAGUGGGUGCAGACUGGUUGCUGCUGCGUCCGCGGGAUGCAGGUCAGCCGGGAUGGCAAGUACGUCGCUGUUGCGGGGCAGUGCAAUUCCACCGUCGAGAUGUACGCUCUCUCGGACGACGGCAUCAAGUGGACCAAGGUCGCUAGCCUCCAGCUCGACGCCAUCACCGACUUUGUGUGGAUGUAA